UGAACUUUGAUUGUUGGAGUAAUAGUAGUGUUCUGUGGUAAAUGGUAAUAGUAUUCUGUGGUAAUAGUGUUCUGUAGGUGUUCUGAUGUCUCAUUUGACAUUAACUACCUACUUUCUUUCUUGUCAAAGUAGCUAAAGAUAAAGUGCACUAAAAAUGGGUCGUGUUAGAACGAAGACGGUCAAAAAAGCUGCAAAGAUUAUAAUCGAGAAGUACUACACAAAGUUAACCCUUGAUUUUGAUACCAACAAGAGAAUAUGUGAGGAAAUUGCAAUCAUUCCAACAAAACCUCUGCGGAACAAAAUUGCAGGCUUUGCUACCCAUUUGAUGAGACGUCUAAGACAUUCCCAAGUUAGAGGUAUUUCAAUCAAGCUUCAAGAGGAGGAACGUGAAAGACGUGACAACUAUGUGCCAGAAGUUUCUGCCCUUGAACAUGAUAUAAUUGAAGUUGACCCAGACACUAAGGACAUGUUGAAGAUGUUAGAUUUUAACAACAUAAAUGGUCUUCAGCUUACACAGCCAGCAACCCAGGGUGGUUAUAGUGGCAGACGUAAUUAAGAACAAUAAACACUUAAUAUAA